UCGAGUUAAGUUCAAUAGUAAUGUGUGCUGUUCAAAACAUUCUCUAUUUGUAUAAAUAAUUACAGUGUUAAAAAUAUUAAUUAUUAUAUUUGUGUUCUUUUGCGAUCUACUUAGAAAAUUAAAAAAAUUUUUGCAUUUUUUCUCUCUAUCUAUUAUCUAUUCGUCUCAGUUCAUCUUUCUCUUUGGUGAGUACACGAGUGCGAAAAUAUCAGACAGCGCAACGGAGUUCCAACAUCGAUGUAUCGAUACUAAAGACUCUCGGGGGCGAGGUUUUGAGACAAUAGUUUCUGAGUGAGGUUACAUGGACUCAUUGAAAUGUCGUGGCUCCUCAAACGACGGACUUACGAUUAGCUCAGGGAGGCAACAUCCGUGAGCAACGACAUCACAAUGCGUAUGUUGCUGCCACUGAGGUUGGUUUUCGUCGCAGCAGGUUUGCUGCUGGCAACUACCAAAGCAAAUGUCCACUUGCACCUACAUUCUGAUACUGCCAAACAUUUUGCCAUUGGUGAACGUGAACAAGCAAUUGCUGGAAUUGAAGCUAGCCUUUUGUCUCUCCUUGGUUUUGCUAAAAGGCCAAAACCACAAGGUUUAGCUUAUGUUCCAGAAUCAUUAAAAAAGCUUUAUAUCAAACAAAAUACAAUUGGCAUGGCUGAUAUUGCUAAACCAGGAAUUCAUGCCAGAUCUGCUAAUACAGUGCGUUCCUUUUCUCAUGUUGAGAGUGAAUUGGAUCAUAAAUUUCGAUCUCCAAAUCGCUUUCGCCUUUCUUUUGACUUAAGUAGUAUACCUUCAGGAGAGAAAUUACAAGCUGCAGAAUUAAGUCUUUCUCGUGUACCUAUUUUAAAUCAAGAUGAUUCCAACCCAAAGCUGGGUAGAAUACUUAUAUAUGAUAUUUUACGUCCUGGUGCAAAAGGACAUAGUGCUCCACUAUUACGUUUAAUUGACAGUAAACCAAUAAACACUAGGAAAAAUGGCACAGUUAGCCUAGAUGUUCAUCCUGCUGUGGAAAGAUGGAUAAAGGAUCCUAAAAAUAAUCAUGGACUUUUGGUGCAUGUACGUGGAAUUAAACAGGAGCAUGUACGUUUAAAAAGAAACAUAAAUGAAAGAAAUGAUACAUGGGUUGUUACUCGCCCAAUGUUAUUUACUUAUACAGAUGAUGGCAGGUAUAAGAUGUCUUCCGCAAGUCAAAUAAUGGAUCGACGAGCUAGAAGAGCAGCACUCCGAAAAAAUCGUCGGAAAGACGGACGUGAGAAUUGUAGGCGACAUCCACUUUAUGUUGAUUUUGCUGAUGUUGGUUGGAAUGAUUGGAUUGUCGCUCCACCUGGUUAUGAUGCUUUUUAUUGUCAUGGUGAUUGUCCAUUCCCACUAGCAGAUCACUUAAAUUCUACCAAUCAUGCAAUUGUCCAAAAUUUGGUUUACUCGACAAAACCAAGUAUGGUGCCAAAAGCGUGUUGUGUACCUACUGCUCUUAGUUCAAUAUCCAUGCUCUAUCUUGAUGAAGAAAAUAAAGUAGUUUUGAAAAAUUAUCAGGACAUGGCUGUCCUUGGAUGCGGGUGUCGUUGACUAUUUGCCAAUUGGUUCAGUAAACUGUUUUAACAGUGGUGAAUGUAUGUGCAAUAAAAAUGAGAAUAAUUUAAAAGCCAUUGAAAAAUGAGGGAAUGAAGAACUAAAAUUGUGUUAGAUUGAUUGGAUAGUAAAUAAUGCCAUAUUUGGAGGGUACAUUGAGUUUAUUAAAUUUUUAUACAAUUAAGGCACAUUUUAAGGGUUUCACAUUUAUUGUAUAUGGAAAUUUCAAUCAAUUGAUUAGUUGUUAGAAAUUCAGAUAAUCCUAACAGCCUAACUCG